UAAGAGGAAGAAGACGAAGAAGCGCUAUUAGCUCUCAAGCCACGCAAUUCCCACCAAAAUUUCGGAUCCUCAGUCGUUCUUCCUCCUCUCCGUUUUUUCGUAUUUUCCGUACACAAAUGCACAGAGAAGAAGAAAACAAAUCCCAUUUUCUUAUUUUCUCAGGUCCCCUCCUCACUGUCUCUCCUCUUUCCGAGAAAUGUUACUGAAACUUCCUUUUCUCAAAAGCGCUUUUCCUACGCGUUUCGCUCUACAUAUAUAUGCCUGUGUGUUUAAUCUGUAGGAGGAGGUUGUGAUAAAAAGAAUAAAAUAUAAUUAAUUGCUUGGAUAAGAAAGUGAAAGAAAGGUAGUUAAAUUAGUUGGUCGAUGGAGAGCUAUUUGCAAGAGUUCGGGGAAGUGAAGCCGAAGGGUUCGUCUGAAGAAACGUUGCAGAAAUGGAGGAACCUUUGCAGCGUUGUCAAGACCAAACGGCGGUUUCGCUUCACUGCCAAUCUUUCCAAACGUUUCGAGGCUGCUGCUAUGCGCCGUACCAAUCAGGAGAAACUGAGGAUUGCUGUUUUGGUUUCUAAAGCUGCAUUUCAAUUUAUUCAAGGUGUGCAGCCAAGCGACUACGUCGUACCCAAGGAAGUUACGGACGCAGGUUUUCACAUUUGCGCUGAUGAACUGGGAUCCAUUGUUGAAGGCCACGAUGUAAAGAAGCUAAAAUUUCAUGGCGGAGUAAGUGGCAUCGCAGAAAAGAUCUCCACAUCAGUAAAAGAUGGGCUCAACACCGAAUCAGACUUGCACACUCGAAGACAGGAGAUUUAUGGAAUCAAUAAAUUUACCGAGAGUGAGCAACGGGGUUUCUUGAUAUUUGUUUGGGAAGCCCUUCAGGAUAUGACUCUUAUCAUCCUCGGAGUGUGUGCAUUCGUGUCUUUGGUAGUUGGGAUAGCAAUGGAAGGGUGGCCAGUUGGAGCACAUGAUGGACUUGGAAUCGUUGCGAGUAUCCUGUUGGUUGUUCUUGUAACAGCAACGAGUGAUUACCGCCAAUCGUUGCAGUUUAAGGACUUGGACAAGGAGAAAAAGAAGAUUGCGAUGCAAGUAACAAGAAAUGGAUAUAGGCAGAAAAUGUCAAUCUAUGAUUUACUGCCUGGCGAUAUUGUGCAUCUUUCUAUUGGAGACCAAGUGCCAGCAGAUGGGCUAUUCGUAUCAGGAUUUUCCGUGUUGAUUGACGAAUCAAGCUUAACUGGUGAGAGUGAGCCAAUAAUGGUAACUCCUGAAAACCCUUUUCUUCUUUCGGGGACUAAGGUCCAAGACGGGUCAUGCAAGAUGAUGGUUACAACGGUUGGGAUGAGAACCCAGUGGGGUAAAUUGAUGGCGACUCUAAGCGAAGGUGGAGAUGAUGAAACCCCACUGCAGGUGAAGCUGAAUGGAGUGGCAACCAUUAUUGGAAAGAUAGGCCUUUUAUUCGCCGUUGUGACUUUUGCAGUUAUGGUGCAAGGAUUGUUUAGUCGUAAACUGGCUGAGGGGACACACUGGAGCUGGAAUGGAGAUGAUGCAAUGCAGAUGCUGGAAUUCUUUGCUGUUGCAGUUACAAUUGUUGUUGUUGCUGUCCCUGAGGGGCUGCCGCUGGCUGUGACAUUGAGCCUUGCCUUUGCCAUGAAGAAGAUGAUGAAUGAUAAAGCACUCGUUCGCCAUCUGGCAGCUUGCGAGACUAUGGGAUCAGCCACAAAUAUUUGCAGUGACAAAACUGGGACGCUAACAACCAACCGCAUGACCAUUGUAAAAUCAUGCAUUUGCAUGAAUGUCAAGGAGUUGAGCAAUCCCAAUGAGGCCUCUAGCUUAUUCUCUGAUCUUCCGGAAACUGCUAAGAAACUUUUGCUAGAAUCAAUCUUUAACAACACUGGCGGAGAAGUUGUGGUUAACAAAGCUGGAAAGUAUGAGCUGUUGGGAACACCUACAGAUACAGCUUUGUUGGAACUUGGCUUGUCAGUAGGUGGAAAUUUCCAAGCAGCGGGACAAGCUUCUAAGCUUGUUAAAGUCGAGCCAUUCAACUCAACGAAGAAACGGAUGGGGGUAAUCUUGGAGCUUCCUGAAGGAGGUCUGAGAGCGCACACCAAAGGUGCCUCAGAAAUAGUUUUGGCCAGCUGCGACAAGGUGAUUACCUCAAAUGGCGAUGUUGUUCCCCUUGAUGAAGCAUCCCUCAACCAUCUCAAAGUUACUAUUGAGCAAUUUGCUUGCGAGGCUCUUCGAACUCUAUGUCUUGCGUAUACAGAACUAGAAACUGGUUUCUCUCCAGAGAAUCCCAUUCCUGUUUCUGGUUUUACUUGUAUAGGAAUUGUGGGAAUUAAGGAUCCUGUUCGUCCCGGUGUCAAGGAGUCUGUUGCAAUUUGCCGUUCAGCUGGCAUUACAGUAAGAAUGGUUACUGGAGACAAUAUAAAUACUGCAAAGGCUAUUGCAAGAGAAUGUGGGAUUCUCACCGAUGAUGGCAUAGCCAUUGAAGGUCCGGAGUUCAGAGAGAAGAAUCAGGAAGAAUUGCUUUCUCUGAUUCCUAAAAUUCAGGUGAUGGCUCGAUCUUCACCUCUUGACAAGCAUACAUUGGUGCAGCACUUGCGGACCACAUUUGAUGAAGUUGUUGCUGUCACCGGUGAUGGAACAAACGAUGCCCCAGCGCUGCACGAGGCAGAUAUUGGACUAGCCAUGGGGAUUGCUGGAACUGAGGUGGCCAAAGAGAGCGCUGAUGUUAUAAUUCUGGAUGAUAAUUUCUCCACCAUCGUAACAGUGGCGAAAUGGGGACGUUCGGUUUACAUCAACAUUCAAAAAUUUGUGCAAUUCCAGCUGACGGUUAAUAUAGUUGCAUUGAUCGUGAAUUUCUCCUCUGCUUGCUUGACAGGGAGCGCUCCUCUCACAGCUGUGCAGCUAUUGUGGGUUAACAUGAUCAUGGACACAUUAGGCGCCCUUGCUCUUGCAACUGAGCCUCCGAAUAAUGACCUAAUGAAGCGUCCGCCAGUUGGAAAGAGACAGAACUUUAUCACCAAUGUAAUGUGGAGGAACAUUCUGGGGCAGUCUUUCUAUCAGUUUACGAUGAUUUGGUUCCUUCAGGCAAAAGGAGAAGCAAUGUUUGGUCUAUACGGACCGGAUUCUCAUGUGAUCCUCAACACAUUGAUUUUCAACACAUUUGUGUUCUGCCAGGUUUUCAACGAAAUAAGCUCGCGAGAGAUGGAGGAAAUAGAUGUCUUCAAGGGCAUACUGGAUAACUAUGUCUUCGUCGCAGUCCUCAGUUUCACAGUUGUGUUCCAAAUCAUUAUUAUCGAGUUCCUGGGAAAAUUUGCAAGCACAGCACCCCUCUCCUUGGCACAAUGGUUCGUCACUGUAUUCAUUGGGUUUUUAGGGAUGCCGAUUGCUGCCGGAUUAAAGAUGUUUCCUGUUUGAUCAACAGAAGAUUUAGAGAAUAGUAAGACAACAAAAGAACAAAGUUAGGGAGCUUAGAAGCCUAUAUUGGGAAACAUUUCUCCGAAAAUUCCACAUCCUGCAAAGAUGCAUGAGAUGAUGAACAGAAUUAGCAGAUAUUAGCUAAUUAAGCCAAUGUCUUAUGUUUAACUGAAAAUUAGGAAUCCUUCAAGUUUGACAUGGUGAAACACAUGGUUGGUUGCCGGUCCUGUAAUUCGUCCACUGUAUUUUCUUAUCGACUUAUCGUUUAUGUAACUAUUUAACUAGUUU